CCGGAAGAUGAAAAGGGAGCAUCGAUUGACACGCUUGAGGUGCGAACUUAACCAGUCGUGUUCAGGUUUAUUUCAAGAGUACUGUACGUGAUGAAAAUAGAAAUAAGUACUAAAAAAAUAGACGGGCCGUUUAGGUUUACUAUCAUGCACAACUGGAGUUCUUGACGCCCUCGGAUAUUUGUUCUCGGAGAAAGAUUAUAUGAAACCGAAGAAGGUGGAUUAGAAUCGAUUUCAGCGCAACUCCCCACAGGUAAGUAUCUCUAUUCAUCCAGUUCUCGUUCUUUCUUUCUACCAAUUCAAUUGUUUUUAAAGGCUGAAAAACAAUCAACAGCAAUAUGUACAACUAACUUUCAUCAGAAUGUCCUCGGCAGGCCGAAGUUCUUGCCCAGCCGGGGAACUAGAAGAGCCAAAUGCCGCUUUAAUACCGCCACGCUCAGUCGUCCAAGGGACGAAGAACCAGGUUGACUUCCAGCCAGUCCAGAACUACAACCGCAGCUCGGAGGGCCAAGUAGAGCAGCAGCCUGUGAAGAUCCUCGCAAAAAUGAACACCAAUUUACAAGCGCACCACGAGGACCAGCAGGACCGUUUUAUCCUCUGGAACCCGCCGAAGAGCGGCAAGUUUACCUGGCCCGCGAGCCAUUUCUCGCUGUAUUUGAAGACUUUUGUGCAGAAAAAGCUCUACGAGGAGGAGAAAUACAAGGUGUUUGUUUUUCACGAAAGCGAGGAGUUUGUCACGAUUUACGACGGGUAUCCGAAAGCGAAGGUGCAUCUCCUGGUACUGCCAAAGCAAGUGCGGGAGCUAAUGUUAACCCCGACGAGGACAAAAAGUUCAAGUUCAUCUGCGCGAAAAGAAGAUGUGGGUGGUGUGCAGGAUCAGGAAAAGAACGGUGCAGCUGAACAGUGGGCUGAUAAAGGAGCCGAAGAAGCACUGGAAAAACUUAAAAUUAUCUCCACGGUGGCCACCAAGACGGAACUACUCGGUCACAGCAAUAAAAUGAACUCGUCUAGCUCUAGUUCCCAGACCAAGAGCGACAGUUGUACCACAAAUGCAAAAAAGCAGGGAGGUGGCCCCACCAGCGACCUGGAGAGCACUGUAAGAGCCGCGUCUCAACACACCGAAGCUGCAACCAAUACCGAAAAGAACAUCGACUUCUAUCUGCGACUGCAGCAGUACAUUGCGCGCAUCCAACGAAUCCUGCGCCGGCUGUUUCCCACGAAACGAGAAAAAGCAGAAGGGAAUAACACUAAGUCCAUCGUGAAGGGUACGCAUGGAAAAAGUCCGUCUUUGCACGAGUAGGAAUUGCGCCGGAAUUCGAAUUUGGCAAUUGAGUAUAUAUGAUUUAAGUAGUGGACGCGUGUUGUAAUGCCAAUUUUUUAGGAUUAGGCUGACGCUGAUCCUCAGGGUCAGCCUAAUGACAGCUUUGCCAUGCAGUAUUGUUCGUAGAGGUAAACACUGUGCAAUUCUUAUGCAGAUGAAAGGAGACAACUUUUUUUCGGAGCAUAGACGAAGUCACCCACUACAAGCACGGCGUCCACGCGAAGCCGUCGCUGCAGCAACUUCACUGUCACAUUAUCUCCACGGAUUUUGUCUCGGCGAAUUUGAAAAACCGCAAGCACUGGUUUUCCUUCCAAGCUCCCUUUCUGAUUCCAAUUUGGAAGGUAUGAGAGUGCACAACUCCCCAGCAUCCCCCUCAUUUGUCAUGCAAAAUCCCAAAUCCAGGCUGUGCCUCUUGGCACUGUUUGCAUGACAAGUUCUGGUAGCCCAAAUAGCACUACACUCCAGUGCAAAUUUGUCAUGCAAGGCCGGCACUUUUGCUGAUGCUUGUAUUGCCGUUUACGCUAUACAAAUGAGAGGGAGGGGAGUUGUGCACUGUCAUAGAAGGUGCUGGAAAUCCUGCAGGGCCGCAACGUCGCGUUUUCCACUCUCGAGGGGUACAUCCAGUAUUGAAAGGGAAAACUCCCCCUCCCCAUAUUGAAAAGGUAUGUUUUCGAAAAUUUGUAUUGCUGAUUUGAGGGCACAGACCACAUUUGUCUUGCAGGAAGACAAGGGCAGAAGCUUCCGCCCCAUUAUGGAAGCGAUUAGUCAUGCUCUGGGGCCUACAGGGGAGCCGUUUGCCAUGCUGAACAACUAGACCCAUACGCCCCUACCUAGCGCGGGGAUCUGGCCGCAGUGCCUUCCUGCAAUACAAAGCUGACUUGUGUACGCAAAUCCAGCAUCAGAGAUUCCGUUUUGAUAUGGGGAGGGGGGAUUUUUCCUUUCGAUAUCCAGGAGUGCUGCGUUUCUUUCGAAGCAAAUCUUCGGCGAAAGCACCUGCACUGCGUCUGCGGGCAGUUCUAUCAAAUGCAAAAAUGUCUGGGUCUGGAAGAAUGCAACUUGUGAUGUUGCAUUUGGAUGUCUAAAAAAUUUGCGUUGCAUGAGCAACAAAAGACUUCUGAUUUUUGCUACGCGUAGAGGGCAUUUGUCAUGCGGAAUAGGCAUCAAGAAUCCCUCAAAAAACCUGUGACGCUAGGGCAUGCAUCACAGACAUCAUGAUGGCUCAUGCAAACCGUGCGUGACAAGUCUCAGAAUCUUCCAGGCCCAGACAUUUUUGCACUUGAUCAGUUCGCAGCGCUGACCAUGCCGGAGCUGAAGCGACAUUUAGAGGACUGUUGGAAGGUGAACAACCGCGUGAACAAAUGGACCAUGAGUGUGUUCUAUGCAUUGCAAAUUUGUCUGGGUCUGGAAACUUGUGAUGCGGAUGGAGAACAAAGACGACGACGGCUGAAUUGACUGCCAAGCAUGACAAGUUUUGGAGGCGCUACAGUGUUUUGUUCUAUUUUGUUUCUGCAUGACAAAGACAAAGUGAGCUUCUGCAUGACAGAAGGAUGGGGCUUUUGGGUAAGAACGCGCAUGACAGACUUGAGAGUCAUGGUAGCCAAGCAUGGCAAACCUUGCAGCUCUCCAGACCCAGACAUAUUUGCAGUUGAUAUGCUCCAGCCACCGCAAAUCCCUGACGGGGCCGACUUGAACCAAAAUCCGUUUUUUCUGGAGCGGGAGAAAGAACUGGAGAAGGAAAAGACAGAGAGGGAAAAGAAAAGGAGCAGCGAAAGAGAAGCAGGAGCGCAAGAAAGGGUGGUUGCAACAGUGGUCUACAACCCCGGUGGAGCACCUUCGUCGCCACACGGUACAGGUCCGAAGAGUGGUGCAAGAACGGUGGACGAAAACGAAAAAGAAAAUGCGGCUUUUUCUUCAAGAAAAACAACAUCUUCUCUAGUACAACUACCCAAACCUAUGCCCGCGAGGAUACAACCGCAACAAGGUCGUACAACUUCUGUUUCGGAAGAUGACGCCAGUACCUAUCUGUUGCGUGAUUACAAUCUGAAAAAGGAAGUGUUUGUUUACCGAACCAAGUCUCGGAGCCGGAGUCCGAGAAGGAAUGAACAAGGCAAAAGUGAGAAGCAGGCUGUGGAUCAAGUAGUAGAAAUGAAACAAAACAGAAGUGACCCAGCAACGCUCUUUAAUAAGACCCUGUCUGCUUCAUCGGAAGUUGUGAAAAGAAGUACUAUGAAAGUCGACGAGGAGGACCUGUAAUAGGAAGAUGUUGCUCUUGCCGCCGUGCUGGUGGGUGCGGAAAUUUCUCAUCGUUCGAUCAAGUCGUAGCGCCAAAAAAUAGAAAUCAACAUGAGAUCUGAUUGUAGAAGUGAUACCCAGAGUACCGUGUGUGAUGGAAAUGAACAUCAAGUAUAUAGCAUUUCGAUUUCUGUCUGUAUAGAACGAGGAGGAGCUCCUGCGUCUUCGCAUCACUUCUACCUGCUCUGCGGGUGAUGUGCGGAAGCCGCCGUGUGAUCGAAUUCCUGAAAACAAGACGAAAAAUCAAACAAAGACCCGAUAUAUUUCAAAAUUUCAUUCACUUGAUGUUGACAAAGAUCGCUUUCAAUAAACCCGUUCACUCCGAUAAUGUCAGUGUGGUGGAAUAAAUUUGCGCAUUUAAUAUUUAUCGCACAGAUGCAGAUGCUCGCUGCUCGCAUUGUAAAAAGGCAGUAGUGCAGGACAGAAGCUACACGAUCUUCGACUGUUGACAUUGUUCGCCGGCGAAAUAAUGGUACGUAAGUCUGCGAAACUUGAGAUGUCGCGCAGUUCAGUUUACCAAGGUGAAAAACACGGGAAAGGGGAAAAAUUCAAAAUUUUUGUAUGUUGCAAAGGCGGCUCCCUUCUGAAAUCUAGUGGCACAGGGAUGGCCGGGCCCACCGGUCCGAUGGCCCGGCGCGAUCUCCUAUCGGCGGCGCUUCUGUCUGCUGAGUUCCAGCAAAGCGCAACCACCCACCCUCCGCAAGAUCGGCGCAUCGUCGCCCAUAUUUGCGCGCCCCAAUUUUUGCCUCCGCGUUCGUGCCGGAAGUCGGGCGCCCGCUUUUCUGUCAAACACGAACCCGCCCGAGGCAGCGGCGGCAAAAGGGCUGAGAGGCCCCAAAGACUUGG